CUGUCCCCGGCCGGUGCGGUUCCCCCUCCGGGCCGGGGGGAGGCGCUGUGGGCCGCCAGCGGGGGCAGGACCCCGGGGAGGGCCGACGCGCGCCGGUGGGUGACGGCCGGGAGGGCGACCCCUGACCUCUGACCCCUGACCCCGGGGCCUCCUCCGCCCGGCCAUGCCACCAAUGCCUCCUCCUCCUCCUCCUCCUCCUCCUCCUCGUCCAGGGAGCCCUCCGUGCUCGCAGGCCGCUCCGCUGUGUCUUGCAGGACCUGCGGGAGAUGGCAGGGAGCUGUCCCAAGAGGAGAAACUGCAGCUGCGCAAGGAGAAGAAGCAGCAGAAGAAAAAGCGGAAGGAGGAGAAGGGAACAGAACCCAGAGCCGGCCCCGUUGGACCCACUGCCCAGCAACAAGACCCACCCCCGGCAGCGCCGGGGUCUGCAGGGUUGACGGGGCCGACAGCGGCGACGACGGAGAAAACGCCUGGCAGCAAGAGUAAGGCGGAGCUGCGGGCUGAGCGUCGAGCCAAGCAAGAGGCAGAGCGGGCCGUGAAGCAGAGCCGGAAAGGGGAGCCGGGAGCCGCUCCAGCUCAACCCCGGACCCCUACGACUGGAGAGACCCCCUCGGGAAUGAAGCGCCCUCCUGAGCAUAUCCAAGUGGACGACCCAGCGGCCCUAAGGAGACUCGCCAAAAAGCUGGAGCGGCAGCAGGUUCCUCUGCGCAAGGAUUACGGCUCCAAGGUCAGUCUCUUCUCCCACCUUCAUCAGUACAGCCGCCGCCACCCGCUCACCCAGUACAUGAGCAUCCCAUCCUCCGUGAUCCACCCGGCCGUGGUGCGGCUCGGCCUCCAGUACUCCCAGGGCCUCAUCAGUGGCUCCAACGCCCGCUGCAUUGCCCUCCUGCGCGCCUUCCAGCAGGUGAUCCAGGAUUACACCACUCCCCCCAAUGAGGAACUCUCACGGGACCUGGUGAACAAGCUCAAACCUUACAUCAGUUUCCUGACUCAGUGCCGCCCGCUGUCAGCCAGCAUGGGCAACGCCAUCAAGUUCCUCAAGAAGGAGAUUGCCGGAGUGAAGAGCUCCCAACGGGAAGAGGAGGCCAAGCAGGAGCUUCGAGCUGCCGUGGACCGGUACGUGCAGGAGAAGAUCAAGCUGGCAGCUGAGGCCAUUUCUCGCUCAGCCUACGACAAGAUCAGCGACGGGGACGUGAUCCUGGUGUAUGGAUGCUCUUCCCUGGUGUCCCGGACGUUACGGGACGCCUGGACGCGUGGCCGCCGGUUCCGAGUGGUGGUGGUGGACAGCCGGCCGCGGCUGGAGGGGCGGCACACGCUGCGCUGCCUGGUCCGAGCGGGAGUCCCCGCCUCCUACCUGCUGAUCCCCGCUGCUUCCUAUGUGUUACCGGAGGUGUCUAAGGUGCUGCUCGGGGCCCACGCGCUUCUGGCCAACGGGUCGGUGAUGUCACGGGUAGGAACCGCCCAGCUGGCCCUGGUGGCCCGCGCCUUUAACGUGCCCGUGCUGGUGUGCUGCGAGACCUACAAAUUCUGCGAGCGGGUGCAGACCGACGCCUUCGUCUCCAACGAGCUCGACGACCCCGAUGACCUGCUGUGCGGCCGGGGGGGACGCGUGGCUCUGGGCGACUGGCAGGACUACCCUUCGCUCCGCCUGCUGAACCUGGUGUACGACGUGACGCCCCCCGAGCUGGUGGAUCUGGUGAUCACGGAGCUGGGUAUGAUCCCCUGCAGCUCGGUGCCCGUGGUGCUGCGCGUCAAGAGCAGUGACCAGGGGAGCCAGGGGCAAUAAACGGCGGCCUUCCUCCGCCUGGCAGAUCCGCAUCCGCUCCGCUCUCGGCGACUCCGCCUCCACUUUGGCAACCACUCACGCCGGCGGGGGGUUCGGAGGGAGGACCGGAAGGGACUGCCCGAUCGAAUCCAUCGGAUGUAUUUCUGGAGCGCUCGGUGUGUGCAGAGCGUUGUACUGAGGGCUUGGACCAGGACGGUUCAGUAGCGGUGGUAGACCUCAUCUCGGCCCACAGGGAGCUUACGGGCCCGUGUGGGAGUCUGCCAGAACCCAGCUACAGGUCUACCUCAGGCUCCCAGUAAUCCACAGCGUACGCAGCCUGGGGAUACACCUUUGGUUGACGAACCCCCAAAUGCGUAGACUCUGCCCUCAACAGAUCCACUCGUUGUAGGUGAGUCAGUUCCCUCCCCACCUCUUCCUCCCUUUGCCCCUUCUUCCAUCAGUCGGUAAUGAUUUCUGAGCAGCUGCUAUGUGCAGAGCACUCUACUAAGCACUAGGGAGAGUAAAGUUAAUAAUAAUCAUCGGGAUAUGCGUCCAGCACUUACUGUGCGCUAAGCACGCUGAGGUAACUACAGGAUAAGCAGAUCGGAAACGGUCUCUGUCUUACUCAGGGGCCACGGAGGGAGAAGAGGUGUUUAAUCCCCAUUUCACAGGUAAGGAAACUGAUGCACAGAGAAGCUAAGUGACUUACCCAGGUGGCCCAGGAGGUGAGUGGUAAAGCUGGUGUUAGAACCCAGGUCUAACUCCCAAUCCUGUGCUCUAUCCACUAGACCACCUGGCUUCAGAUAUGAUCCCCACCCUCAAGGAGUUUAUGGUCUAGCAAGGGAGACAGAAUUUAUGGAGGAAGGAGAGGUGGAUAGAUGGAUCUGAGUUACUGCUUAAAGAGGGAGAUAUGUAAAUCCCUCUCUACAGAAAUGAGUGGUUUUCUAUUUCCACAGUUGCUGCACGAGUCUGAAUUGGUGAUUGGUGGGGAUAUAAUCCGUUAGGGAAGAGUAAGAGGAAUGAAUUGGGAAAGGCUUCCUGGAGGAGAUGUGAUUUCAGAAGAGCUUUGAUAAUGGGGAAAGCUGUUUAUCUAGGGGAUUCGAAGGGUCAGGGAGUUCCAGGCCAGAGACGGGCGAGAGCGAGAGGUCGGAGGCAGAAAAGCCGAGAGGAGCGAAGACCGCGAACUGAGGUGUGACGGGAGAAGAGAGUGGUUAAGUAAAGAGGGAGAGAGCUGGUUGAAUUCCUUCAGGGCAUCAGUCGGUUUCUGCACGGUGCCGAGAGGAAUAAGAAAUCCCUGGAGGUUUUCGAGGAAAGGGGAGAUGUGUGCACGGUGAUGCUCUAGAAAGACGAUCCGAGCAAUACACUGGAUCGGCAGAGGGGAGAGACCAGAGUCGGGGAGGCCCGCGAAGAGGCCGGAGUCAGGCCGAAAUAGGAAAAAUGCCGGGGACCCGCGAGGUGGCCGUUUGGACGAAGAGGAAGGGUGGAGUGUGGAAAUGUGGUGAAGGAGGAACCAGUGGGGUUUAGCAGUGGAUUGAAAAUGGGGCUUGAAAAGAGGGAGAAGUCGAGGAUAGUGCUAGGGCUGUAGACUGCAGAGACGGAGAGGAUCCUGCUGGUGGUGUUCCCGGGAGUUUUCCUGCCCCACUCCCACACCCUGAACUUGGGCCCUUCCCACUUCCCUGUGCUCCAGUAUUUUUUUUCUUUCUUUUUUUGAACCAGUGAUGGGUGGGGCGCUGCCACCUCCCUGCCCCCUCCUCCUUUCCGUCUGUAGUUCCCCCUUUCAGCCCCAGCCCUGGGAAAGGGAAUAGACCGUCAACUCGUCGUCUACACUUUAAGCUCAUUGUGGGCAGGGAACGUGUCUCCCAAGUCUUAUAUUGUUAUACUCUGCUACACUCUCCCAGGUGCUUGGUACAGUGCUCUGCACAUGGUAAGCUCUCAGUACAUUCCUUCGACUGAGGGGUAGACGGACAGGAGGUGGGCAACAGGUGUUCCCGCAGACACUGCCGCUGCCAUCUCUCCCCUUUCCCUUUCGAUUCCCUCUUUGCUGUCAGCAGCUACAGCGGGGCCGCAGGCUGGGAAGGAAAAGAGAUGGGGCGAUACAAUGGUGGUGGGCUUUUUUAAAGUUCAGACAGACAACCGAAAAGUACCGGAGCACAGGGCGGGGAGGGGUGGAAAGAGAGGGCUGAGUUUCAGGUGGAAGAGGACAGGCAAGCCAUUAGGAGGAAAGGAUUUUACAGGGUCAUUUAUACUUGUAUGUUGCGUCUGGUUCUAGAACAGAACCUAAUUAAACAGAAGUUUAUGGGAAACCGAACCCCAUGAUUCAGGUGCAUUUUUGAGAAACGACCAGCCUGCAUCAUGGGGUAUUUAUUACCGGUAUAGUUGCUGCCCAGGAGAAGGAGACAAUGGGGAGGUGGAAAUAGUGGCAGCAACUUCUUCAGGUAGGAGAGCUCAGCUCCUAAGUUAUUCUCAGCCAGUCCAGCCUCCCCGGUGUAAUCGGGAGAUGAGUCAGUGAAGCAACUGAAUUGGCAAAAAAAAAAAAUGGAGCUCUUCCCUAUUGCUACUUUCCCUUUUUGAUUUUCUCUCCUUGCUUCCGUGAACCUUCACUUGAUCCCCGCAUGGCCACAUUUUGAACUUCCUCACCCACCCAUCCGUGCUCCUUCUCAGGGGUCUCCAGCUUUACACUCACAGCCCCUCCCUUGUACAUCGCAUUCACUUGCCCGUCGUAACACGGGCGCUGAACCCCAAUAAGCGACUGCCUCUCCAGUCUACUCACCUCACUGUGAAACUUCAAGAAUACGAGUUCUCCAUUUCCCUUCCCCCUUGACUCAGCGGUCGAGACACUGGAUCAACCAUUGGUUGAUGGAUUGAUUGACCCUCAUUGGUGCCCUUGACCUCUCUGUCCCUUUGACUGAUCAUAGUGAGUUCCAGCAACCCUCCACCCUCUGUUUUGGCUCCCAGAGGCAAGUGGCCAAAGGCUUAUGGAGGAAACAAACUGGGCCAACCUGUUAAACGCCAAUUUCUUCCCCCACUCUGCCCGAACUACAGCUUAGACAGUGCCAUUCCCCAACUCGAAUGACUCAUUGGUCCAAAAUCCACAAAAAAAUUUUCAGGACCCCUCAAGUCUUUCCUUAAAACUCCAACCCCCCCUCCCUUCCUAUUCAUCAUCUCCUAAAUGCAUUCACGGAAAAGAUGUGAGUCUCUUCCUUGGGAGACCCCUUCAUUUUGCCCUCUCUGUUUCCCGGAUGUUCCCGAACUAAUCCUCCCCUAGGACACCACUAGUCCAUUCAUUUGCUUUUGGAUCGCCUCUCUUUGCAAAUGAUAAUUCUUAGCUCCCUCGCUUCUUUUGGCUCCUCCACGGCAUGCACAUGAGAACAGCUCUUCUUCCCAUUAAAAAAAAUAACGAUCAAGUGUGAGAUCCCUUAAGUGUGUAGACCCCUCCAUGCUGCAGCUACUCUCCUCCUCCUCCUCUUCUGUGGCUCCCCUCCUAAGGUGGUUGCAAAGCAGGAAGCAGCAGUAAUAUCUACAGCCCCUUGUCACUCUGGGGUUCAGUAUUUCAGCAAUAAUAAUAAUUGUGGAAGUUAAGUCUUACUGUGAGCCAAGCCCCAUACUAAAUCCCGGGAUAGGUACAAGGUAAUGGGGUCGGACACGAUGCUCCCAACUAUCCCUUUAGCUCCCUUUGCCCAAUGAAUUCAUUGAAUGUGCUGGCUUUUCUUGCCAUCUGCACUUUCACUCUUCCAAUUCUCCCUCCGGUCUGGCUUCUGUCCUUACCCUUUAGUAGGAACUGCCCUCACACAGCUAAUCCCAUUGCUAGAUGUAAAAGUCUUCUCCUAGAUUUCUCUGCAGCAUUUGCUGCGGCACCCCAAAUGACUUACCUAAUCAUAUCUCCAGCAUUAAUUUAUUUGACACCACAUUCCCUCCGCUCCCUCAGCAUAGGCUCUCAGUCUUGGCCUCUUUACUUGUAUGUCUUCGUCAUCUUUCUUGGCUGUUCUUAAUACCUGUGUGUACAGUUCACACCGAGGAUUCUUCAACUCAACCUACAAAAAUAAAAGAAAUCUUCCUAAGCUC